CAAUUAAACAUUAGGAAAAUACCGCCUACAGAGGACGAUAUUUAAAAUUAGCUUAUGUCUCUACGAGAACCAGUAAUAGACGACAUGUCGAAAGCAUCUAUACUGAGCAGGCUGAUAGUCUUUGGUAUCCUUCAGAGCACCUGCCGGAAUGUUAUUGCAGAUGAUAAGACUGACGGUUCAGUAUGUGUUCCAUUACCUAAAAAGUAUGGUUCCAUGGCUAUUUGUUUUGAUUCUGAUUUGAUGAGUGAAGCUGGGGCUGAAGAAUCUUCCAAUGAAUCUCAAAGGGGAGAUCACCCUGUGUAUUUUAAACUCCUCAGUACUGACGAUUCUAAGGCAGCUGACAAAAAGAGGUUCGAUUCAAUAGCGUAUGGGUCUUCCUUUAAUCGGUUCAACAAGAAAAGAUCGUUUGAUUCCAUAGGCUACAAAGGAAAUUCAUUCCAUCGUUUCAGAAAAAGGUUCCCUUUUGAUUCAAUAGCCUACCAAGGAGGGCAUUUUGGUAAAUUUAAUGCGAAAAGAAUUCCGUAUAUGUAUAACAACUACCGAUAUGGAACACACGGCUUGUUUGCUAAGAAGAAGACAUUCGAUUCCAUCGCACACGACACGGGGUCUUUUGGAGGUUUCUCUAAAAGGACAUUGGAUUCCAUUUAUAAUCAACAUGGAGGAUUUGGAGGUUUUUCGAAGAAAUCUUUCGAUUCCAUUGCACAUGGGUCGGGCCACUUUGGACGUUUCUCUAAACGAUCUAUAGAUUCUUCCAUUGUUAAAAAUGAAAAGCCAUUAUCAAGGGCAAAAAGGUCGUUUGACUCCAUUGCACAUUCAGGAAGAUUUGGAGUUUUUUCAAAGCGCAGACCCUUUGACUCAGUCGGUCAUAUUUCAGGUUACUUUGGGGGGUUGUAUAAAAGAUAUGGCAUGGAUUCGAUUGCUCAUGGAUCUGCCAGGUUCGGAGGAUACUCUAAAAGGCGUUUUGAUUCUAUUGCUAAUAAAGCUGGGUCUUUUUCUCGUUUUACAAAGAAAAAAAAUGACGGGGAUUCAAAAAGGACUUGAAGUCGUAAGAUUUGACUGAAAUAAAAGCUCUUGAUGGAUUAUUAUAGACAUGAAAUCAUUAUUUAAUGUAAAAUUAAGAAACUUCAUCUAUAGUUCAUUUCAUGACAAUUUUUACUGUCAUCAAGAUUUUAUCAUAUUUUGAUUAAUAUAUUUCUUAUAAUUUAAGUUUAGAAUAUGAAAUUUAACUAAUAUCUUACAUGCUUAUGUAUGUGUCUACUAAUAUAUUUCAUCAAUUCUGACCGAACUUUAACUUUGUUUAUGCAUACUCAGUAGUAUAGUCUGCCACUGGGUGUAUAAUACACAAAACAUUUCAAAUCAUUCUAUAUUGAUCGCCGAUAAUGCUGGUUUUGCUAAAUGAUAUUUGAUUACAAUGCCAUAUGUCAAAUAUUUGCAAUUAAUUGCUUAAUUAAUGUCUGUUAUAACUCUACACAUUUUGUUUACUCUAGUAGACCUAUUUACAGUUCCAAACACUAAUGUUGUUGACAUAAACAGUUUAGUCCCAAGUAUAAAGGCUAACUAUUAAUCAAUGUUUUAUUGCCCUCUCUCGACUCAAGAUGGAAAAAAAUUAUCGGUAGGAAGGUGGGACCCCCUCCGAAAAUUUUAACAUCGGUUUUGACAUUUCGAAAUCUAUUUCCUGGAAUUAAUAAUAUAGGGGCUGUAAGUCUCGUUUUUUUUUUUUUUUACUUUCGGUGAAUCGCUUCCGUUAACAAACGAAAAAUGGCGAUAUCUGUUUUUUUUUAAAGAGUAAGAUCGGUUCUUAAGCAACUCGGUCGGGAGAGGCAAAGAUGACCUAAUAACUUUUUUUCAUAUAGGUCAAUUCAUUUCAUUAUAUCUUCUUCUAUGAAAUAUAUGGAGAUUACGAACAGUAUUUAAGCUCAAAAUCUUUUAAACAAUACAAAUUAAUUGGAGCAGAACAAACACAGACCUCUAAAAAUCAGAGUGGGAUCAGGUGACAUGGAGGAGUGAGGAUUUCCUACCGACCUGUCACAACCGCUGUGUACUCCUAGCUAAUUAUGAUUGGGAAAUGACGAAAAAUCCGUUGACAUUGGUGUGUAAAUAAUGGCUAAAAACCCGUAUGAAAAACGCCAGUCAGCAUUUGACUCAAUGAUAAAUUGUAUUUGCUGACAAGGUCAUUGUAUCGACCAUAGAAUUUACGAAAUUUUGACUCUCAACAAGCCUGCUGAUAUUCUUGUUUUCAUCAACUUGUUUUCAACAAUUUACCUCGUUUUAAAAAUUGUUCAUACGUAGAUUGUUGCAUAAGUAAGGGAAGUUGAAGAGUCAUCAUGUCCAUCACAAAGCUUGGUUGUUAAAUUACCAUUAACAUCUUUGUCCAUAGUAAAAUAUCCAAAAUAUGGAACAGAUGCGUCAGACUGAGUGGUAUCUUUCAUUUCAAGCUUACCGGGAUAUAUCAUUUCGACAUAGGAAUGGAAAUAACCUGUGUUAAUUGACAACAUGUCGUCGAUAUAUCUAAAUGUCGAGUUGAAGGCCAUAGCGAGUAUAUGUUUUCUUCUUUUCACGUAUAAGAUUUGAACAGAUUAUGUUUGAUAUGAAUACAGUAGCAGGUUUAUUAUAUGUACAAAUUAAAAUGUUUUAUUUUUAUCAAUUAAUGGUUUACAGGGCUACAUUUGUAUUAAAAAAAUUUCUGUUUAA